CGCUCAACUACCCAAACACACCAUUGAAAUAAAUGAUAGUUACAUCUGCUGUCUACUCAUCCAACUCUGCCGCGACUCCGACGAUGUUCUGCAAACAGUAGCCAAUGAGCUGCUCGCCCCGGAGAAAGAGGCCGAGGAGACCGACAACGACCGCGAACAGGACGAAGAAGAAUGUGAUUCUGAAUCCGAUGUGGAGUCUCGCUAUUAGAAAUGCAUGGGACGAAGCGGAAAUAUGCAAAUCCUGCGGCGAGGUGUACGAUGCCGUGGGGAAAUACGACGGUGCCUGCGAUUGUCAUGAUGGCGAGCUCAGAUUGGACGAAGGCAACGAGGAGUUCUGGUCGCAACAUCCUGAACUCAGAGGAAGGAUCCGCAAUACCGAGAAGAUGCGACAGAGGUAUGCCGGUGCCUUCACUUGGGAUUGUUGCGGUAAGGCGGGCGAUGCUGAAGAGUUCUGCUAG